AUGGGAACCAGCAGAAGCCCAUGUUGUCCCCAGAACCUUUCUUCCCCUAACCUCCUGCGUCGACAAGGGCCUCAUGAGUCGAUCUACAUCUCGUCUGAUGGUGAGGAUACAUUUGACGCGGAUGAAGGAGCGAGUUCCAACGGCUACCAGGAUAUAGACGACUCAAGAUCAGACGAUACGCUUACGACGGUGGAUGCAAUCAUCGCAUCUAUUAAGAAGAGCUCCCCUGUUUUUUCUCCCAUUUGCGGCGACCAGAAGUUGUCCUCCGGUGUGCUCGUUAAGUGGCUCGUUUCUCGUGCGCACACAUAUCUCGUAGCUAUCUCGGUCGGUUUUGCUCAAGUGGAUCUGGUUUCGAAACUGGCCGAUACGCUGGGCCUGGUCGGGGCUCAGAAUGAUUAA